AUACAAACGUCUGGCUCUUUCUCAUUACUUCCGGGUGAACGGGAUGUUGUGAAGAGCUGCAGGCUAACGUGUUUCUAACAUUUCAGGUUAUGAUUGUUAACAAAAGUCAAUGAAGACAAAUGUCUGCCUCUUCUGAACCGGGAGUAUCAAAAGCAAGGGAUUUAAAUCCAGCGACGCUCUUGGCGGGUAAAUCUCAGACAGCGGCGGCGUUAGUUGCUCAGGCCCGGAGCAAGAAACGAGCCGUCAGUCCCGCGACCCACACAACCCCGCAGCCAAAUAACAACAGCAGCAAAAAGAAGAAGACACAGCCUGCGCCUUCAACUACUCAGGCUCAGCAUUUGUCACAGGUUGCUCCAGUGGAGUCAACUUUUGAAGGAAAACCAGUGGGGGCUGUUGAUGUAGAGACUUCUACCAAAUGUCUUCCUUUUAAAAACCCCAACUUUGUGCACUCAGGUAUUGGUGGAGCAGCAGCAGGGAAGAAAAAUCGGACGUGGAAAAAUCUGAAGCAGAUUUUAGCAGCGGAGAAAACACUGCCCUGGAAAAUCACUGAUCCUAACUACUGCAGCAUAGAUGUGCUUCCUUCUAUGAAACCUGCUAAAAAGUACUCAGACAUAUCAGGUCUGCCGGCAAACUACACUGACCCUCAGACUAAACUCCGCUUUGCAUCGACAGAAGAGUUUUCCUACAUCCGUCAGUUGCCCACAGAUGUGGUGACUGGAUACCUGGCUCUCCGUAAAGCCACCUGCAUUGUGCCAUGAGAGAGAAUAUAAAUCUUUCCUAAAUGCACUUUUAAAUGCUGACUGACCAAUGGAUAUGAAGGACUAACAUACUUGGAUCACAUUCUGUUUCUGGUGUAUGUUAAUAGUUGCCACCUUUAAUUUGAUUGAUUACCACAAAAUACUUAAGAGUUUUUAAAUUUAGGUUUUCAGUGUGUUUAAAUGAACUACUUGAAUUCUUAUGAUGUUUGUUUGGCAAAAUGAAAUCUGAGAUCACCUGUAUGUGUAACUUUGCUAAACCAAUAACAAUACAAAAGCACAUUGUUGUCACAG